CAUGUCUAGACUGGGCGCCCGCGCUGGCCUGGGGCUGCUGCUUGGCACCGCCGCCGGCCUUGGGUUCCUGUGUGUCCUUUACAGCCAGCGAUGGAAACGGACCCAGCGCCGUGGCCGCAGUCAGAGCCUGCCUAGUUUCUUGGACUACGAGCAAACGUCAGAGGCCGGAUGCCAGGUGAUACCGUUUCGGGCCAUCCCAGGUGAGGCUGGAGAUGCGGCAGUGCUGCCCAGCCUCUCACAGGCAGGGCAGGAGAAGGUGCUGGACCGCCUGGACUUCGUGUCCAGCAGUCUUGUGGCCCUGCGGCGAGAGGUGGAGGAACUGAGGAACAGCCUGCAGGGACUUGCUGGGGAGAUUGUUGGAGAGGUGCGAUCCCACUUGGAAGAGAGCCAGCGGGUGGCUCGGCGGCGAAGGUUCCCGCUUGCCCGGGAGAGGAGUGACUCCACCGGCUCCAGCUCCGUCUACUUCACUGCCUCGUCGGGAGCCGCGUUUACAGACGCUGAGAGUGAAGGCGGUUACACGACAGCCAAUGCUGAGUCUGACUAUGAGCGGGACUCUGACAAGGAGAGUGAGGAUGGGGAAGAUGAAGUGAGCUGUGAGACUGUGAAGAUGGGGAGAAAGGACUCUCUGGACCUGGAGGUGGAGGUAGCUUUGGACCCAGCGUCUGGUGCCCUGGAGGAUGCAGGUGACGAGGAGUUGGCCCUCCUGCGCCAGGCUGAUGAGCUACACCAGGGCGGUGACCAGAGCAAGCGGGAGGGCUUUCAGCUGCUCCUCAACAACAAGCUGGCGUAUGGAAGCCGGCAGGACUUUCUUUGGCGCCUGGCCCGGGCCUACAGUGACAUGUUUGAGCUCACCGAGGAGACGAGCGAGAAGAAGUCGUAUGCACUAAACGGAAAAGAAGAAGCAGAGGCUGCUCUGGAGAAGGGGGAUGAGAGUGCCGAAUCUCACCAGUGGUAUGCAGUGCUUUGUGGUCAAGUGGCUGAGAAUGAGGGCAUCCAGAAGCGCAUCCAGAUUGGCUUUAGCUUCAAGGAACAUGUGGACAAAGCCAUUGCUCUUCAGCCAGAAAACCCUAAGGCUCACUUUCUUCUUGGCAGGUGGUGCUACCAGGUCUCUCACCUGGGCUGGCUAGAAGGAAAAACAGCUACAGCUUUGUUCAAAAGCAUUCCCAGUGCUACUGUGCAGGAUGCUCUCCAAAGCUUCCUAAAGGCUGAAGAAUUACAGCCAGGAUUUUCCAAAGCAGGAAGGGUGUACAUUUCCAAGUGCUAUAGAGAAUUAGGAAAAAACUCUGAAGCUAGAAGGUGGAUGAAAUUGGCCCUGGAGCUGCCAGAUGUCACUAAUGAGGAUUCAGCUUUCCAGAAGGAGUUGGAAGAAUUGAAAGUAGUUUUAGGGGAAUAAUGACAUUUCAAUGGCCUUCAAGACUUGAGGGAUACCACUUAGACCCUGCUUUGAUUAGGAAACAAGAGUUGCCCUGACUACCCACUACCAUUCCUCAACAUCUUAUGUAUUAUCCUUAAUUUAUUCUCAUCUGUCACCUAAUCUAAAUUUGGGAAGUACUUGUAGCUGGGGUUUCCACUGUUCUUCCCCUUAAGGAGAUUACUGGAAAACCAAGACUUAGUCGGGCACUUUAGGGUUUGCUUUAGGGUUAUGUACAUGUAGCCUUGAAGGCUGCUGAGAGGACAAGGCCAUGGUACUGCCCUCCAGCUGCUGAUGAGGUGGACUGAAAUCCAAAGAGCCACAGAAACAAGGCACAGAACCUGUCAUUCUAAUGUUUUUCACUCAUUAAUAUUUGACAUACAUCUAGCCCUAAGAUCACACCCUGCCUAGUAGGACACAGAGAGGUCAGAGGAGCCCAUUUAUUACCUGUUUGGAUUCUACCUGUACGCCUGGGGUAAGCAAGGGGCUGGACCACUUGACUCCAGUAUUCUGGCAGUUUUUGGAAUGACAGCAGUGGCACAGUUUAUGAUACUGUGAAACAGUGGUCUGAAGAGUUGCCUGGAAUAUAUUUUGGUACAUGACUGAAAUAAAAUGGAUUUAAUUAGAAACAA